UCCCCCGAGCACGGCAGGCGCCUCCUGGACAGCCCGCAGAGCUGUGCAGCUGCUGCGGGGCUCAGGAAGAGCCAUGUCCACGGCUCGGAUCUGCUGCCUGCUGCUGCUCACGCUGGGGGUGCUGGCAGUGGCGGUGACACUCGUGCUCCUCCUGGCUCAGCCCAGCUGCGCUCCGCAGCGCUACCUGCACGCUGCCGUGGCUGCUGACACCGAGAGCUGCUCCCUCAUCGGCCGGGACAUCCUGAAAAGUGGAGGCUCUGCUGUGGAUGCUGCCAUUGCUGGCUUGAUCUGCACUUCAGUGAUGAACCCUCAGAGUUCGGGCCUGGGUGGUGGGGUCGUAUUUACCAUCUAUAAUGCCAGCACAGGAGCAGUCGAGGUGAUCAACGCCCGUGAGACAGUCCCACGAGUGUUUCCUCACAACUUAUUGUCUGGCUGUGGUGCUGGUUUCCCCUUUGGUCCCCGCUGGAUUGGCGUGCCCGGAGAACUCCGUGGGUAUGAGGAAGCCCAUAAGCGACACGGCCGCUUACCAUGGAAAGCCCUGUUUGAACCAACCAUCAAGCUUCUUUCGGAGCCACUUGUCAUUUCCCCAGUUCUGGACAAAAUUCUCCAUCACCCAGCCUUCGCUGGUCUGGGGAAAAGCCUGUGCCCACUGCUAUGUGAUGGUCAAAGAUUUCUGAAGCGUGGCGAGACCUACCGGUGGCAAGCACUGCAGCAAACACUGCAAGCUGUAGCAGAACACGGAGCUGCAGCGUUCUAUGAGGGAGAGAUAGGAAAGGCCCUGGUGGAGGAUGUCAGGAAGGCUGGGUCCAGCCUCUCACUGGAGGACCUUCGGGCAUACAAAGCAGAGGUGUCCUCAGCUCUGAACAUCACCCUGAACAACCACAUCAAGGUAUUCGCUCCAGGACCACCCAUGGGAGGUGCAGUGCUCAUGUUCAUCCUCAAGGUAUUGGAAGAGUAUAAAUUCCAUAAAGCAUCACUGGCAACACCUGAGGAGGAGGUAGAAACCUAUCACUACAUUGCAGAGGCCCUGAAGUUUGGCAACAUGCUAAGACCCCGCAUGACUGACCCAGCCUUCUCUGAAGCUCAGGUGCCUGUGGGGACCGUGUUGUCUGAGCAGUUUGCAGAGUUUGUGAGGCAGCGGAUAGAUGCUCAUGGUGACCACUCACUCAGCCACUACAACCUGCUGGAGUCCCUCUACAAUGACAGAUACAAAAGUAUGGGCACGAGCCACAUCUCUGUGCUCGCUGCAGACGGCAGCGCCGUGUCUGCCACCAGCACCAUCAACUACCUGUUUGGCUCCCUUGUGUAUUCUAACCAAACUGGGAUCAUUUUAAAUAAUGAACUUGCUGACUUCUGCAUAUCAAACAAAAGCAUUAAAGCAGGAGAGAAGCCUCCCUCAGCAAUGGUGCCUUCCAUCCUCAUCUCCAAGUCAGGAGACAUGCUGGUGAUUGGAGGAGCUGGAGGGGGCUGGAUUAUCAGUGCUAUCACCAUGGCGAUUAUAAACAAGCUGUGGCUUGGCUAUGACUUGGAACAUGCCAUUUCAGCUCCUGUCAUGCAUACCCAGGGUGACAGUGUCCUAUUUGAGGAGUCUUUCAGCAAGGAGAUUAGGACUGGCCUGCUGGGAAGAGGACAUAAAGAAAAGAAAGAUAAAUUUGCAUUGAAUGUUGUACAGGGAAUUUCCAAGGAAGGAAAAUGCAUCUCUGCUUACUCUGAUAAAAGGAAGCUGGGGAAGUCAGCUGGAUAUUAGCGUGAAAUGCCAUCACAAUCCACAAAGGCACAGGAGAUUCAGAGCACGCUUUGCUUGGACAUGCCCAUAAUUUCCUGUUCCCAUCAGGAUGUCUCCUGGAGCAUGGGCACAGUCUGUGAUUACAUCUAACUCCAGUAGACUGCAGGUCUACAAGGACAGGUCAGCUAACCUUGUUUAGAGAUACACCUUUCAUUACUUAUGCGAUACACAGAGAACGUAUUUCUUGAGCACAUCAGUUACUCAAAAUGAGAGAAUACAAAGUGUGAAAGGAAAAUUGGUCCAAACCCCACUGAGAACACUGUGAAAUGGUCCAGCUGUAUCUCCCAUUCCUGAUGGAGCCUUUGUUUCUUUCAGGCUGUUCCACAAUAAGCUUAUUGCUGGGGCUCAGCAAUGUGAAAUACAUAAAUAUUUUAGCUAUGAAAAAGAAGCAUCUAUAGGGUCAGGAUUUUUAAAUCUGAAGCAUUCAGGCUUAGAGCAUGUGUUUGGAAAGGGAAGAGAUCAAAAUUCCACACUCUUGCUCUGUUUUUCCACCCAAAGAAGCCCAGUUUUCCCCAAGGUGGCAGAUGAAGUUACACCAUGGCACAAUUGCUGCCCUGCCUUCCUCUCUCUGCCUCAGGGUGCAAAGGAUCCCACAGGCUCAGGGUAACUGCACCAACACUUCCUCCAGCCCUGUACACGGUGACUGAGGGUAGCUUCCCAUGGGGCCAUGUGAGUUCUCUGCUCCUGGGACAAACAGGCUUCAGCUGAGCUCCCUGGAGGUGCCUCUACCUGUGGUGAGAUGGUUCCCAGUCUGUGCCAGCUCUCCCUCCUCAACACUAGUACAUCAAUCUUUGGGAAGGCAUGUCAGGAAGGCAUGGAAAUGUUUUUGGAAACUUUAGAACUUUCUUCAAAUUGCAAAGUGCAUGUGAUCAGGAGAUGUCACUUGUAGCCCUGAGCUCAGCCUGACCAGGACACAAGGACUGCUGAGAAGUGAUGCAGCACUAUCAGGCAUUAGCAGAAUUCUCCCAUAUCCUUCAUGCUCCAAAUUCCUGUUUACCACAGCUAGUCCCUAGUGUUCCCUUCAGACCACAAGGAGGGCAUUGUAGGACUCUAAGAACUAUCACAGAAAGAGAAAACUUUUGGAGAAGAGACCUGAACGCAAAAGGUCCUCGAUUUUUCACCUGGAUGCAGAGGGUCUUUUGUAGUUUAUCCAUAAUCUCACCCUGUUCAAAAUGGCCAAGAGAAUCAAACAUUUAGGAAGGUAAAAUCUAAAACCCCCAAAGCUCUUCAAAUAUGCUGGGUCAAAUUCCCAGAAUCCUCCAAAAUUCAGUUUUCUGGAAGCUUCUGAGCCUGACUGCCCUAUGGGCACAGUGUUGUGUGUAUGUCUGAAAGAGAAACCAGAGCCAGGCACUAGCAGAGCCCCCCCUCACACACAGAGCCCACAGGACUUCUAGUUCUCCAACAAAUAGAAUCCCUCUGUAAACAUCAUAACAAGCACACACUAUUAAAAAACACACAAUUAAACAAGGCCAGCUAGAUUUUAUGCCAAUGUUUUUACCCACAAAGCCUGUCCAAUAAAGCCAUCAACUUACUGAAAUCUCAGCCUUCAGUUGCAUUUUAGUGAUGGUCCCAGUGAAGCUGACCAGGGCCAGACAUGUGUUUUCCUUCAGAAGCUGUACACCAAGGACUGUAGCACAGCCCCUGCUGUAACAGUGAAUGAUUGCUGAGUUACCAGAUAGUAACCACAAGCCCUUAAUUGUGCAGCUGGAAAUCAAAUUACUCAUGGAUUUACUCCAUGCACUGCCCUGCUCCCUUCUUGUGCAAGUGGAGCUCAUCUUAAAGCUCCCAACUCAGGAAGAACUGCUGGUUUCUCCAUCAGAGCUGCUCACUCGCACUGUGGAAGUGGCCUGGCACCCUGUGAGGCAGCAUCACAGUGCUGGUGAAUGGGAAAGGAAACAGCCCCACAAGCUGAAGAGGGGCAGUUUUUAUGUUCAUUUGGAAGGGGUUACAUUAACUAUGACUACCAAAGAAACCAAAUCUAUCUAACUUGCUGAAGUUUUCUCCCUUGAUUAAGGCCCUUGCCCCAGCUAGCAGUUCCUGGGUGCAUGAGUUCUGGUGCCACAAUGCCACCAGGCAGAGCUGUGUGGGGAAGCACAGCCAGACCCCAUCUGCAGCUCCCACCACAGCACCAGGCAUGCAGACCACACUGGAUGCUGGCUCUGGCAAGAUCCGUGGCUCUUUCUAGCUAACCCCACUGAGCUGAGAGUUCACAAUCAGCAACUGAGAGUGGCACUGGCUGGAGCCAGGGAGAGCACUCCUGGCUUCUCUAUUAGGCUUCAGGGCCACCUUCAGCAGUGCUCUGCUCCCUCUCCAUCAUUUCACUACAGAAAAUCCAAGUCACCAAGUAACUAAGCCUCCCAUUACCUUUGCUUCUGACACCCCUUAGGGUGAAGCACCCUGCAGUACUCCAGCCUCUCACCUUUCCAGUGCAGUAGUAUCACAGCUACUUCCCACCACAUAGACAUGGGAAUAUUAUCUUUAGUCCAGUACUCACAGCAGUUUAACUGCUUAGUAUUAACUUUGCAAGUGAGCCAGUAAAGUGGUUUAAAAACCCAUCAGAAAUUUAAUUUGCAAGACAGAAGGGAAUGCCAGUGCAGAUCUCUCAGUGGGUCAGAGACUUCCAGUCCUGCAGUCCUUCCUAAAAGAAUACCUGGUGAAGCUGAGAUUGUACCUGCUUUGGCACCUCUGCUCUUGCCCUGCCACCUCCUCACCGCUGAAAUCUGCUUGGGUCAGGUGCCUCUCAGUUUUGUCUCUCCACAUUCCUGCUCCUCCCAACAACAGAGCAUUAUUUUUGUACUGAAAUCAACUUACAUGGACUUUCAAAGCAUCAUUGUACAGAGGCUGCUCUAUUUUCUAAUGAAGUCUAAGUUAAACUUUUAAUAAAGUGUUUUUAAACCUG